GAGAGAGAAGGCAAGAAAAAAAUUGAGAAGCUUUUAGUGUUCAAUGUUCAAUGUUGAAUGCUUCGCUUGAUGAUUACAAACCAUCAUCAACUAUUUUUAAUUGUGUGCAUCUUAAUUUGCUAUCGUUCUAUGUUUAAUCGUUUACUGUGUUAACACAUUUCACCCAAUGUUCUGGUAAUAAUCAUCUCGCAUUCAACAUCUGAUUAACUUCGCUGUCAAGUGAUUUGUUUCUUCAACAUCUUACUGAGCUAAGCUUAUUUUUCUGUAUUUUCCUCUCGAUCUUAAUUUUUGGUUUUCUCAGUAGAUUCGAAGGAUUGGAAAAUCAUGGCUGGAGGACAAGAUCAGAAAUGGCAAAAGGAUGCUGCUGAUCAGAAUUUCGAUUAUAUGUUCAAAAUUCUGAUCAUAGGUAAUAGUAGUGUUGGUAAAACAUCAUUCCUAUUUCGUUAUGCUGAUGAUCAAUUUACGUCAGCCUUUGUCAGCACUGUUGGCAUAGAUUUUAAAGUUAAAACCGUUUUCAGACAAGACAAACGUGUUAAGCUUCAAAUUUGGGAUACUGCAGGACAAGAGCGUUAUCGUACAAUCACGACUGCUUAUUACAGAGGUGCAAUGGGUUUUAUUUUGAUGUAUGAUGUUACGAAUGAGGAAUCAUUUAACAGUGUCCAUGAUUGGGUAACUCAAAUUCAACAAUAUUCAUGGGAUAACGCACAAGUCAUUCUGGUGGGAAACAAAUGUGACAUGGAAGAUGAGCGAGUUGUUUCAACGGAACGAGGAAAACAACUUGCCGACCAGUUAAGGUUGGAGUUUUUUGAAUCAUCAGCCAAAGAAAACAUUAAUGUUAAAGCCGUUUUUGAACGCCUUGUGGAUAUAAUUUGUGACAAGAUGUCCGAAAGCCUGGAUUCCGAUCCGACUAUGGUUAAUGCCUCCAAAGGAACUCGACUCACCAAUAAUCCAAUGCAAAGCAACCCAAGCUGUGCUUGUUGAGCACAGUCGUUAUUUAGAAUACAUCUUUCUCUUUCUUCUCUCUCUCUCUUCUCUCUUUCUCUCUUCCUCUUUUCAUUCCUCCUGUAAUUUGUCCAUCACACUCGUUGUCUCCGACUCUAUCUUAAACUCCUCAUUUAUCCACUUCUCUCACCUUUCAACUCAAAACUUUCAAUUUUACUUGAUCUUGAGCCCAGUAUUGAAAGUAAAACUUAGUGAGAGAGUAAAUCGCCAAGGAGAUGGACGAGAUAUGAGAUGAUGAGAUGAUGGGCAACACAACAGAAGAGGUCAAAAAGAUUCAGAGAAAGUGAGGUAAAUGUUUAUCAUGACAAUGAUAAACAUUUGAGAUUCAUUACAACAUUCAAUUCUGAACAAGCUGAUGGUGUUUUAAAAGUGUUUUUCCUUCCCCUCAUAAUGUAAUAUUCAAUCUUCCCUGUUUCUUCUUUUAGUUAGAAGAAGCUAAUUCGCCGUUUUUUAUUUCCCUUUCGUUUCUCUUUAUUAUCCAUCACUCACUCACUCUCUCUGUCUCUCUUAAUCAUUCCAUGUUAUGAGUCUCGUUGUAUCGUACUCCAAUCAAAAUGGUGCAUAACGUUUUAACAAAUUGCAAUCCAUUCUAGCACUAUUGUGAACUGCAUGUCUGGAAAUUUGACUUGAAAAACAUCUUUCAAUGACACACACACAUUGAAAUUAAAUGACUUGUUUUUUUUGUUAUGAUUAAUCUGAAAGAUGAACAAAGCUGAAUACACUCAAGAUACUCGGUUAACCGAAAUUAGUUUCCCAGCUCAGUAAAGCCUACUGUUAGUCAAACAAUUGUGAAAACGAGUGAAAAAAUUUUCAGAUCAUCUUUUGAUUUUAUCAUUACAAUAAUAUUAUAAUUAUUUUUUGAUUUAUUUGAGUUUCUCAAUGACAUUCCCGAUUCAAUUGAAUCAGCUAACCUUUCCUAAUAAAUCCCAAAAUUUUAGUCCAGUUUUCUAGGAAAUUUAUCUUGCCUAAAAUAUCAUUUAAAUUAAUUUAUAUUUGUUACCUUUUAUUUCAUUGAAAUCGCCAUUACUUUUGGUUUUUAUUCUUCUCCUGCCAAUUCACUGUUAACAUACAACCCUUUUGCCUGAGUGGUUCAAUCUUUUGAAAACACACAUCAACAUCAACUCGUAUUUUCCUCGUUAAAAUCUAUGGAACACCAAAGUAACAAUUAAUGAGGAUUUAACUGAAUAGAGAGAAAAGAUGUGUGCAUUGAUGUUUUAAGUCCUCUUCAUUAAUCUGUACUAAAAAACUAUUUGUCUGUAUGUUUAAUCCUUACCUUUCUUUACCAUUAAUCAGUUGCAUCUGAAUCACAUUCCCAAUCAAAAAUCGAUCACUAAAACUUACUAAAUAUAUAAUUUAACCUAAAAAGUGAGCCAAAUUGUUUAAUGUGAAACUAAACCUUAAAUGCUAUCAAUAAUAUUCCAAGUAAUAUCCAAAUUAGCAAGGAUAGAUGGGUUGAUGAAUUAGGAUGAAAACCUUCAAUUUUCAAUUGAUAUAUAAAUUUAUAGACUUGCUGCAAAUAAAAAUUAAAGUAUGAAAAAUAUGAGAAAGAAUAAAAAACAUCUUAAAUGAAAAA